AUGUCUCCAGCGAACGCAUCGAGGCGUUCUCUCAAUACUGGCCCCAGGACAGCUCGCAGUGAGGCACAAGCACUGGCGCGAGGUGAGACAGCAAGCUAUCUCGACCCCAGACAGACUUUUGAAGAAUCCUUGCCGAACGAGCAGCGCCUCUCGUCAGGUCGUCACGCAUCUAGUGGCUUUGCAACCCACCUCUUGAAUCCCUAUGGGUACACUGAGAAUGCUGGUGAAGCAGGUGAGAUCUAUGUUGGACCUGCCCCUCCAAUCUCUUACCAGCAGACUCUGCCAAUUUCAGCGCCAGCAUCAGCAGCGCCUAUCCAAGAUAUCGAAACACCAGCGGCAGCGGUAAGUAGGAGGCCCGACAAUGCUGAGCACGGCGAUGCUGGAUGGGUGCCUAUCGGGAACUACCAAGAGAGCGACCAGGGACCCGCUCAGGCAACUGCUCCACAGCACGGACCUCACAUCAGGCCGGGCUUGCGCGGCCUAGUGGGAGGUUUCGUAGCGUUGGCGCGCAGAAGACCUCAUGUUCGAGAUGACACUCCGGCCCGCCUCGAGCUUCUCCGUCGAGCAGACAAGUUCUUCAACGACGGCUUCGUCGGCAAGCAUGGGAGGCUCAACAAGGGGAAAACAGCUCUGUUCGGCCAGGAGAUCGAGAGGAUGGAAGAAGCGAAGCUGAAACAGGUGUGA